CACACAGAGCUAUAAAUGUUGACAGGUGACGCGGCAUUCAGUUCUUACCUGAACACUCGUCCUUCACACAGAAUGGGGUUCAGCACGAAAUGCGAGCUGAUCGACGGCGGGUCAAAGGUCAGCUUCUGCUCGGGCUCGUGUCACGCCGAGCACAUCCUGCAGGUGCUAAACGCUUACCGGCGCAGCGGCACCUUCACAGACGUGGUUCUGCAGGUGGACGGCUGCGAGUUCCCGUGCCAUCGCGCCACGCUCUGCGCCAGCAGCAACUUCUUCCACACCAUGUUCAGCAGCAGCUUCCAGGAGAGCAGACAGUCUGUGGUCAAGCUGCAGGGCAUCUCCAGCGACGCCAUGGACAGCCUGCUGGACUUCAUGUACGAGGGACGGCUGAAGCUGGACGAGGAGAACGUGGAGAGCAUCUUCAGCGCGGCGGAUCGGCUGGACAUACCUCUGCUGACCAAAGCCUGCGUGCAAUUCCUGCAGGAGCGCGUCAGCCACUCUAACUGCCUGGGGCUGAUGGACUUCGCCAGCCUGUAUGUGUACGUGCUGCGGCCGCUGCAGGAGCAGUGCCAGACGCUGCUCUACCAGGAUUUCCAGGAGGUUCUGCGGCACGACGAGUUCCUCGGUCUGCCCAAAGCGCGUGUUCUGGAGCUGCUGGCCUGCGAGCGUCUGCAGGUGACCGAGGAGGUUCUGGUGACCGCCGCGCUCCGCUGGAUCCGUCACCGGGUGGACGAGAGGAAACAGUACCUCAGGGAGCUGCUGGAGCAGCUGCGCCUGCCUCUGCUGGACCCGGUGUUCUUCACCGGCGCGCUGGAGGCAGAUGAGCUGGUGCAGGAGUGUGCGGAGCUCCGGCCGCUGCUGCAGGAGGCGCGCAUGUACCGCGCUUUCGGACGGGAGGUGCAGUCGGAGCACACCAGACCCCGCCGGCGCUCCGGCUGGGCUGAGAUGAUCUUUGUGAUCGGUGGCUGUGAUAAGAACGGUUUCUCCAGACUGUCCUUCACGGAGAAGCUGAACGUGUCGUCAGGAGAGUGGACCUUGGCCGCCGCUCUGCCCGGUUACUCCAAAUCUGAGUUUGCAGCCUGUGAACUUCAAAACGACAUUUAUAUAUCAGGCGGGCAGCUGAACAGCGCAGAUGUGUGGCGCUUCAUGCCUCAGCUCAAUCAGUGGGUGCGAGUGCAUGGGCUCAACCGCGGCCGCUGGAGGCACAAGAUGACCUCCAUGUGCGGGAAGCUGUACGUGGUCGGCGGUUAUAACGGCCGUGAGCGUCUGUCCAGUGUGGAGCGCUACAGUCCGCACGAGAACAGCUGGACGAGUGUUUCUGACCUGCUGCUGCCGGUCAGUUCGUCCGCUCUGAGCAGCUGCUGCGGGAAACUCUACGUGAUCGGAGGAGCUGUGAGCGAACACAACAACACUGACCAGGUCCAGUGUUACGACCCAGUGAGCGACAGAUGGUCAUACGUGUCGCCCUGUCCGUUCUCUCAGCGCUCCAUCAGCGCCGUGACGCUCAACGGCUGCAUUUACGUGACCGGAGGUCUUCUGGACCAGAUCUACUGCUAUACGCCCCUCACAGACUCCUGGAGCCAAGCUGCGGCGCUGCCCGUCACACUGGAGGGCUGCGGACUGACCGCGUGUGAUGGGAAGGUGUAUGUGGUCGGCGGGCGUAAUGAACACUCGGUUGCGGUGGAUCAGAUCUGGGCGCUGGAUCCGGUGAGCGGUAAACUGACGGAGGAGAAGCCGCUGACGCGCUGCCUCAGUUAUCACGGCUGUGUGACCAUCCUGCAGCGGCUCUGACCCAAACUCACUCACCUCCCCACGCCUUCAUCUAUCUGUCAGGCUCACGAGUCAUUCGGUACAAAGCAGUGCGUUUAUGACUAUGAUAACAAACACCAAUGGAAAGCUGUUUUCAAAAUUAUGAGAUAUGAACUUGCAACAUUCAUGAACUUGCAAAAGUCAGAAUUGCAACAUCUUACUAAAUUUCUUGCAAUUCUUUGAGUUCUGACUUUUUCCCUUUUUCUUUUUACUUCCAAUUCUGAGUUUAUAUCUCAAAAUUCCAAGUUUGUAUCUCAAUUCCGAGUUUGUAACUCAGAAAUAUUAUGAGAUAUAUACUCAGAAUUAUUAUGAGAUAUAAACUUGGAAUUUACAUCUCAUAAUCCUGAGUUUUUACCUCAUAAUUCAGAUUUUUAUAUCUCAUAAUACCAAGUUUAAAUCUCAUAAUUCAGUUUGUAUCUCGUAAUUCCACGUUUAUAUCUCACAAUUCUGAUUUUAUAUCUCAUAAUUCCAAGUUUAUAUCUCAUAAAUUUGUUCAUCUCAUAAUUCUGAGUUUUAUAUCUCAUGAUAACAAGUUUAUAUCUCAUAAUUCUGAGUUUGAAUCUCAUACUUCAAAGCAAUUCUGACCUUUUUGUUUUUUGCCACAGAAUUUAAAAAAAAAAGGUUAUUUCAA